GAAACCACCUGAUGAGACCCUUGAGAAAGGUCGAAACCGGUCGUGGUAUCUUCUUUGAUUCUUUCAGAAAUGAAUUCUGUCUGAGUCUCUAGUAACUAAGAAGGCGGUUGUAAAAUUACUAAAUAUACUCUGAUGUUCUAACCGAAAUACAAAAUAAAAUUAUUAGAGCUAUCAUCUAAAAAAAGAAGUUUUUAAUUGUGUACAUGUAUGUGGUGCAAAAUUAUAGUCAUUUUAUGAAUUUUGAAAAAACAUUUUCAUCUUACAUUUUUAAAGAAAACAAAUAUAUUCUUGUAUAAAAGUUGCAAAGUUCAUAAGUUUGUAUUGGAUUGUAAACAAAACGUAUGUUCUUAUGCUCCGAAGUGUUGUCUUUUUUUUCGUAUAUCAAAUAUUCACUUUGAAAAUGUUUUUCUAGCACAGAAGGUGAUUUCAUCAAAAUUCACCGAAAAAAACGAAAAAUUUGACAUUUUCGCGUUAGCGCAAAAAAGAAAUAAAACUGUUAGAGUUUCUGUGCCAGAGAGUAACAGAAGAGCUAUUUUGAUUUAACAUUAAAAAAAAUGUUGUAUUUUGACUGAUUUAUAAAGAAUUUCUGAAGUACUGUAAACCUGCAGUUUGAAAAUUAUCAUUUUUAGUGACAUCGAAAAAAGAAAAAGAGUUCUCCCUCAACUGCUUGUGACUAUGAAGAGUUUUAAAUAUAGCCACUUAAUAGAGCUGUUUAAGGGCUACAAAAUAGCCAUCUUCUUAUCUUUGUUUCGUAAAACAUAAAGCAAUGAAACUGAAAAAACCAACUUUUUGGUUGAAAAGUGAUUAAGAGUGCAGUACUUCAUCUAUAUACUUUUAUUUUUGCGGUAUAUAAAGAAAUGUUCAAAAUAUUUGUUGUUGAAAAUUUUACGGCAGAUCUUUCUGCCGUACAAAAAUGACUAUGAGUUAAAAAACAAAAAAUUGUAGUCAGUUUACAGAGAGGGUCGAAACUUUUGGACCCCCCUUUAGUAUUGAGGGUGAAAAUAUUUUUAAAAAAAAGUUGUAUCCUACCCUUUGAGUUUGCAUCCUGACUCUAACCUAAGAAAAAAGUCUAUAUAUUACUCGUUAACUGUUUAGAUAUAAUUCAGUCGCUAAAAUCAAAAUGUUUAAAACAUUUAAAACUCAAAUAUCCAGGCUACAAUGAUUAUCGAAUACUUUCAUUUCAAUUUCAUAUCUCUCAUAAAUUUCAACAACUUCUUUAUUAUCCAUUUUAUAUUAUCGAUUAUAUUUAUCGUUCACAAGAUUAUCAAUGUCUUCUUAAUGGUGUUAAUAAAACUAUUGUAGGAAAUCGUCAAUAUUCAUUUUCAAAAGUCACAUUGGUCACUCUUGCCACCACCUAUCCUUUUACAUUCACUUUUCUGACAAUUAUUGGUUCUUUCUUUAAUUCAAAUUUUCAUAUUUAUUUAUCAAUGAUGUACAAGUCAACAUUACAAUAUACAUUUCCUAUUAUUCUAUUGUUAUCAACGGUACUAGGUAUAUUUUUCACUUAUUAUCCACGUGUUUAUCGUUUGAGAGAAAAGCGUAAAAAAUGGCAUAUGUACAAAACUCAAUCGUUUCAUUUUAAAUAUGAUUUUGAUAAACGAGAUCAGUAUGCUUAUCGACAACAACAAUAUUAUACGAGACAAAAAGUAUAUGAAAAUGAAUAUCAACGAAAACGAUAUGAAUAUUAUAAACAAAAACAAGAAAAGAACGAAUACUAUAGAGAAAAUUCCUAUCGUAUUGAUGAUUAUAUUGUUCAAUUGUUCGAUCUAUCUUACAUCGAUAAUCUCAACGAUUGUUUAUCAUGA